AUGGCCAUCGUCCAUCGGGAAGAGAACUUCAAGAAAGCAUUUCGCGAUCACGCAGCAGACGCAGUCUACCAAGAGACAGAAGAGCGACAGCCACGGCGAGUGGGCGAAGACGAUCCUUAUCGCCCCAUGAACUGGCCCACAAAGAAGAAGAUCACAACGACCAUGAUGUAUGGCCUCACGACUAUGAGCGCGACAUGGGCUUCUUCUGCGUAUUCUGCAGGUACACGACAGAUAGCAGCCGAGUUCAACGUAGGAAACCAGGUCGCAGUGUUGGGCACUACGCUCUUCCUGUUUGGAUUUGGACUUGGACCGCUUCUGUGGGCUCCACUUUCCGAAGUCUACGGGAGACGUUUGGCAGUUUUGACGCCCAUGUUCAUUGCAAUCUGCUUUAGCUUCGGUAGUGCCGUAGCAAAGGACUUCCAGACACUGAUGAUUACAAGGUUCUUCGGUGCCUUCUUUGCUAGCGCACCAGUCACGAAUACCGGUGGUGUGUUGGGCGAUCUGUAUAGUCCGGCAUGGAGAGCCUUAGCCAUGGCAGGCUACGCUAUGGCGGUCGUUGGCGGUCCAUGUCUAGGGCCAAUUGUCUCAGCAGCUUUUGUCGCUAAUCCAUCACUUGGCUGGCGUUGGACCGAAUACUUCACGGGUAUACUUCAGGCAACCAUUCUGUUCAUCGACAUUAUAUUCAUCGAUGAAUGCUACCCACCGAAACUCCUCGUCUACAAAGCACGUCGCCUGCGGCACGAAACCGGCAACUGGGCCCUUCACACGAAGUUCGAGGAGUGGGAUGUCAGCAUCAAAGAAUUGUCUAAGAAAUUCCUUCUCCGGCCACUACAGCUCCUGAUGACUCCUAUCUGUUUCCUUGUCGCGCUCUACGCUAGCUUCUGCUACGGCAUUCUAUACAUGAUGCUGGGAGGCAUUCCCAUAAUUUUCGGCGAAAUGAGGGGAUGGCCAGCUGUAAGCGCAACGCUGCCUUUCCUGGGUAUCUUGGUUGGCGCAAUCAUCGGCUGCAGCAUCAACGCCUAUAACCAGCUUCUUUACAACAAAGUCUAUCGUGCAGCUGGUAAUCGUGCCGUUCCGGAAGCGCGUCUGCCACCGAUGAUGCUCGGCUCGGUACUCUUCUCCGCCGGUCAGUUCAUCCUGGGCUGGACAGCGGACCCUCAAUACCAUUGGAUUGCUCCCAUCAUUGGGCUGGUGUUGCUGGGAACUGGAUUCUUCACGAUCUUUCAAGCUGCCCUGAAUUACCUGGAUCAGGAGGGCAAGUAA